AUGCCGUCCCCUCAGAACAUACGUCGGGCGGUUUUAGCAGCUGCCGUAACCUCCGUUACUAUUGCAGGCACGUUGUAUGGGGCUGGCAUAAAGACAAGUGAGGAGAUCGCCGAGAACACCAAAAAACGCCAAGAAGCGACUUUCGAUGAGCAGAUGGCAGCUCUACAAGGCAUGCGCUCGAACCUGACAGCCCGAAGGGGAAUGAUCGAAACCCAAAUCCGAGACCUGGACGCCAGGAUCCAAGAAAAGAAACAAAGGAAUGCAGAUGGCAGCAACAAAGACCGACCGCAAGAAGGCCGGUGA